AUGUCUUCUGUGUUUGCAGCCUCAGAUAAUCUUCCCAGUGCUCAGGUGUGUGGAAGAACCACAUUUACCACCAGCAGCAGGAUAGUAGGAGUCUUGACUACUUUCUUUGUCUAUUUCUUUAUCUUCCUCAGUUUUUCCAUCUUUUCUUUAACUGUGGUUUUGGGGCGUCAGACCCAGAAAGGCUUCAACCCCAAUGAAGUGUCCAAAAAUGUGAAACUAAUCAUCAAACAUCCCAGUUACAACAGACAUACGAGUAACAAUGAUAUCGCUCUGCUCAAACUGAGAUCUCCCGUCACCUUCACUGAUUACAUCAGACCCGUGUGUCUAGCAGCUGAUGGCAGUGUGUUUAACAACGGCACAGACAGCUGGAUCACUGGAUGGGGAAACAUUGAUGAAGGAGUGUCCCUCCCGUCCCCUAAUGUUCUACAGGAAGUGGAGGUUCCUGUAAUUGGUAACAGACAGUGCAACUGCCUCUAUGGAGUUGGAAAUAUAACAGACAACAUGAUCUGUGCUGGUCUACUGGAGGGAGGCAAGGACUCAUGUCAGGGAGAUUCAGGAGGUCCGAUGGUGAGCAGGCAGAGCUCUGUAUGGGUCCAGUCCGGUAUCGUUAGCUUUGGGAUUGGCUGUGCUCGACCUGAAUAUCCCGGUGUUUACACCAGAGUAUCCCGCUAUCAGGAAUGGAUCACCUCCUUCAUGUGCAGCGAUCCUCCAGGUUUUGUGCAGUUUACCUCCACUGGAACAGAUUCUGACAACAGUUACACCUGUCCUGAUCUUCCUCCUCUUCCUACUUCUACUCCUACUUCUACUUCUACUUCUACUCCUACUCGUACUUCUCGUCCUCCUUCCUCUUCUGCAAUAUCUCUUCCACAAAACUCUUUGCUAUCAUUUUUUCUAUUGCUUGUAGCAAUACCUUUCUUAUUUUAUAUGUAAAGAUACAUCACACUAAAGAUAAACUCAAAAGUUUUGGGUCAGUACGUUCUUUUUAUUAUUAUUUUAAAUUAAGUUUAUUUAUAUUUAUUCGGCAAGAAUGCAUCAAAAGCGACAGUUAAGACAUUUAUAUUGUUACAAAAAAAUAUAUUUCAUACUAAUGCUUUUCAAAUUUUCUUUUCAUUUUUCUGUUCAUCAAAGAAUGACUACUGAAAAUUCAUCUUUGCCAUCACAUGAAUAAAUUACAUUUUAAAAUAUAUUACAAUAGAAAGCAGUUAUUUUAAAUUGUACUAAUACUUCACAAUAUUACUGUCUUACUGUAUUUUUGAUCAAAUAAAUGCCUUAGUGAGCAGAAGAGACUUCUUUCAAAAACAUGUUAAAAGCGUAUCGACCCCAAACUUUUGAACAGUAGUGAAUGUACAAAAAUAGAUAACAAAUCAAUGCUAACAUAAGUGGUGAUUGUGCUCAGUCAAUAACACUGAUGUAAAUAUUUUGUUGUUUUCUUGAUUAAUCUUACACAAUGUUAAUUAUUCCCUGACUUUUAAAUAGUUCUAAAUAAUAAUUAAUUUCUUCUAUAUCCUGUAUCCCAUCAACUUCUAUAUACUGGGUUAUUCUGAUAAUUUAUCAUCUUUUAUUGCUAUAAAUAUAUACACGUUAUAUGCGGAUACAUGUUGUGUUUCACAAAUCACAAAAAUAUUCUCUUUUACUGGAUAUUGAUGUAGCAACAUAAUUUGUCACGGGCAGUUUUGUAUUCUGUUAAUAUUUUUCCACAAUUGAACACAUAUCAAUGUCAUUUCAGUUAAGUGUUUUUGUCUAUCUUUAAGAAAGUGCUGUUGUACUGUCAGACUGACUUCUGGAUGGGCUGAGAGAAUUUUGUGGCACAUUAUCUUUAUUAUUUUUCUCUUUAGUCUGUGUCCUUUCAUUGGGUGAACAUUUUAAAUACGAUUUGUAAUACACUUUUUAAAUGAUAUGUACAAUGAAAAUAUGCAAUACACAUUUUAGAAAUAAUUUCAUUGUUGUUAUGCCGGUAUACUUCCUCUAAUGGGCUUUUUUUUUUUUUUUUUUCUCAAAAAAGAACUUUCUUUGUAAGUUUUUGACAGUUAAUGUAUCUUUAUACAAUAUUUGCCAAUAAAUAAAUAAAUUGAAAUGCAAAGAAAGGAAUUUUGGAUUUCUUUACUGUGAGACAACCAUUAAUUCCACAAGUUGUCUGAUGAGUUUGAUCUGUUUGAGCGAUAUUUCAGUUUCUUCCUCAACACAUUGCAUGUUAUCUGAUUUUUGAGUGAAGUUGCUGACUUGCACUGCCUUCUCAUUUCAAAUAGUUCCCUUCACACUUCCUAGGGUUUCCAGGAUGUUGGUGUUCCAGUAAUUGUUAAAGGUCUACUU